AUGGUCUCCAUUUACAUCUCUUUGGCUGUGCUCAGUCUCCUGUCUGUGGUACAAACAGCUCCUCUGAGCAGUUGUGAGAGUCUAAUCCAACCUCUGGCAAUCCAAGGACCAGAGCAGUUGCUGGGAAAGUGGAUGCGUGUUGCAUUGAGCUCAAACUAUGAGAACACUGAGCUGAUAACAAAGACUUUUCAGGACAGCUACUGGAUGAGACUCUCUGCUGACAAUGAGAGCGAUGCCAUUGAUCUCAUGGGGGUGGUAAAAACCUUUGGGGUUUGUCUCACACAAACAGCUAAGAUGAACUUGGUAAACAACACACUCCAGCCCAUAAUCAACGAAACCCUGAAACCAGGCUCCCCAGGACCUCUUCUCGUUUCAGUAUCUAUAAACCUGCUGAAAACUGGCUGUUCUGACUGUCUGCUGUUCCUAACACGAAACCAUUUGGUUGGACAUACAAUUGAAAUUCUCUUCCUUAUGAGUAAGAGACAGACUGUGACUGCUGCUGAGCUGGAGGAGUUAAAGAAGCAGGCAGAAUGUCUUAACCUACCUGAACCUUUUAGCCUGGACUUUGAAAGAGGAAUUUGUCCAGAUCCUCAGUCUCCAGAAGCAGACGUUAUAGAUAUGACACAGCUUUUAAAUGCAGAUAAAUCUGAGCAGCAAAACAUAGCUGAGAAGAUUUUCGACGGAGCGGGUGGAUUUGACAAUUAUGUCAAAAUGGCUACUGAUAUAUUAUUGAAAAAGGACUAACAUCACAGAAGUUGAUUGUUCUGUAAA